AAUCUGAUGUGUCAACUGUCAUGAUCUGGGCUUGGGUUCUAAGCCCAAGAAUGACCAGGUUUGCACAUUUCCUUUGCUUUUCUAAAAGAACAAAAGUGUAUUUUGGACUGAAGUAAAAAGAGGAUAAACCCAUCAAAUCCCAUCAUCUAUAAGCUCAAAAAGAAAAAAAAAAAAAAAAAAAAGGAAAAACCAAAACCAGUGGCUGUGGAUGAGCAAGAAAGAGAGAGUGUAUAGUGUUAAUGGUUAAGAAAUGAGUUCAAUAUCUCAAAGUGUAUUAAUGGCACUUACAGUUACAGUCAACAAAUUUGCUUCAUCAAAUGUUCAUUCAGUUCAAAGAAGAGAAGCUAGUAAGAAAUCAUCACCAACUUCAGGUUCAGCAACAACAGCUUUUCCCAUCUUUGGAAGAAGAGGAAUUCUUUUAUCUGCUUUAGUUGCUGCUUAUCCUGUCAAUGACUCAAAAACUGAACUUCUUAAAAAAUAUUUGAAGAAAUCAGAGGAAAACAGGACCAAAAAUGAUAAGGAGAGAUUGGAUAGCUAUUACAAGCGCAAUUACAAGGAUUACUUUGACCUUGUAGAAGGAGGUUUAAGAGGGAAGAAAGAGCAAGACCUGUCAGAAUCUGAGAAGGGUAUUCUUGAUUGGCUAAAGAACAACAAAUAAGUUGUCUUAUAUAUAUAUAUUCAACUUGAUCUUUUUAAGUUGUUGUACAAUUUUUAUCACCCAUUAUCUAUGUUGUUAUCUUUUACACAUAAAAAUUUUGGACUUCUGGAA